UACAUUUCAGCUUCUACUGUAGCUUCAAUAACACAGCAUGGGUCCUCUUCUGCGAGUGGUUGUGUGUGUGCUGGCAGUGAUGGUUAUGUGUCAAGCUGACUGCUACUUUCAGGAAUUGCAGAACAAAGAUGUUAAGAGCCAACCUAAAGGUUGUGUGGAUAAGGAGGGUGUUGAGCAUGAGUUUGGCUCUGAAUGGGUAAAGAACUGCUACGAGUGUUCCUGCUCUGAAGAAGGCAUUGGCUGCUGCAGCAAGAUCCCUGACGCAAUAGAUGUUCCUCCUCAGUGUGAACUGGUUGUAAACAGGGAUGCCUGCUCUGCCAAAAUGGUCCUGAAGUCAGACAAGACAAAGGAGUGCAGUCCUGUCUAGACUUGUUUUGUAAGCCAUUGGUAGCCAAAGGAAACUAUUUUGAUAAUCAUUAUUACCUUGUUGCUGCACAAGUACAUUUCGUUGUAUGGUUUUACUGCACAAUGACAAAUAAAGUAUAAUCUAAUCUAAUCAUG